GUCUCGCGUGUGUUUGUGUGUGCGCGCACACGUUUGGUGGACGAGUGCAGCUAAGCAGGACGCGCGACGACGUGGAUUUGUGAAGCUGCUUUCCUUUUUAUUUCCUCCUCCUUGUUUUUGUUUUGUUUGCAGCGUUACCCGCGAUGGAUUAUUGCGUGUGCGUACUUUUGCUGCUCUCCGGCGUGUCCUGCGUGUCUACUGGUCAGUUCCCCAACGAGCACAUGAUUAAAGAAUGGGUGGAUCAAAUGCAAAAGGACUUGAUCACGCUCGCGGACAAGGCCAGCGGCUUGCAGAGUCUCACUCAGAUCUACCAGAAACAUAAGACACACUUCAGCGUGGAGACCAACCGAGUGGAGGAGCUGGUGUCCACGGCUGCUGGGAACAUCGAGAGAUUGCUGGAAAGCCGCUCCAAAGCCCUCAAGAGGCUGGCAACAGAGGCGGAAACGUUCCAAAUGUAUCACGAAUGGCAAGUCAACAGCGAGCCCGACAAAAUCGUCUACUACAACGCCAAAGACGACCUCAAUCAGACGGAGAAGAAGAACCGCUAUGUUCCCGAGGACUUCCACGUGGACCCCGACUUCCAGCGUCUGGUCUCGUACAACACCACGGCCGUCCACAUCCCCACUGACAUAUACGAGGGCUCCACCAUCAUUCUGAAUGAGCUCAACUGGACAGAGGCCUUGGAGGACGUUUUCCGGAAAAACAAAGAGGAAGACCCCACACUCCUCUGGCAGGUGUUUGGUUCCGCCACCGGGUUGGCUCGUUAUUUCCCAGCUUCUCCCUGGAUCGACUCCAGCAAAUCGGCCAAUAAAAUCGACCUCUACGACGUACGCAGGCGGCCAUGGUACAUCCAGGGGGCGGCGUCACCCAAGGACAUGCUGAUCCUGGUGGAUGCGAGCGGCAGCGUGUCGGGCCUGACCCUGAAGCUGAUCCGAACAUCCGUCAGCAAGAUGCUGGAGACGUUGGCGGACGACGAUUACGUCAACGUUGUCUAUUUCAACGACAAGGCCACGCACGCCGCCUGCUUUGAGAACCUGGUGCAGGCCAACGUGCGCAACAAGCGCAUCCUCAAGGACGCCGUGCAGGGCAUCACUGCCAAGGGGACGACCAACUACAGGCGCGGAUUCGAGCUGGCCUUCAAGCAGCUCGCACAGAUGAACGUUUCCCGGGCCAACUGCAACAAGAUCAUCAUGCUUUUCACCGAUGGAGGCGAGGAGCGCGCCGAGGAGAUUUUCAAGACGUACAACCCCAAACAAGCCGUGCGCAUCUUCACAUUCUCAGUGGGUCAACACAACUACGACAAAGGGCCCAUUCAGUGGAUGGCGUGCACAAACAAAGGUUACUACUACGAGAUUCCGUCCAUUGGGGCCAUCCGGUUAAACACUCAGGAGUAUCUGGAUGUUUUGGGCAGGCCCAUGGUCAAAGCGGACCGCAAGGCCAAGCAGGUCCAGUGGACCAACGUUUACCAGGAUGCACUGGAGCUGGGACUCGUCAUCACAGGAACCCUACCUGUUUUCAACAAGACCAACACGGGAUCCAAAAAAUCUCAGAACCAGCUCAUCUUGGGCGUCAUGGCCAUCGACGUCUCUCUGGAGGACAUCAAGAGGCUCACGCCACGCUUUACUUUUGGACCAAACGGCUACUACUUUGCCAUCGACCCCAAUGGCUACGUGCUGCUCCACCCCAACCUCCAGCCACCAACGGAGGAGUUCCACGAGCCUGUGACAUUGGACUUUCUGGAUGCCGAGCUGGAGAAUGAUAUCAAAGUGGAGAUCAGGCAAAAGAUGAUUGAUGGCCUCACAGGGACUUACCCCAUAUCUGCUCUCGUCAAAUCAAAAGAUGAGCGCUACAUUGAUACGGGCCGGAGGACCUACACCUUUGCGCCAGUGAAGGGCACAGACUACAGUCUGGCGUUGGUGCUGCCCAACUACAGCUCGUAUUACAUCAGGGCCACCAUCGGCGAUACCAUCACCCAAGCAAAAUCAUUUCUGGGGAAAGAUGUUUCCGAGAGCCUGCUGGCGGACAAGUUUGAUGAAUACGGCUACACGUUCAUCGCGCCAAGGGUGUACUGCAAGGACCUGAAGCCGCCCGACAAGGACAAAAGCAACACGGAGUUCCUCAUGGAGUUCAACAACUACAUCGACACCAAGACGCCAAACAACCCGAUGUGUAACGUGGAGCUGGUGAACCGAUUACUCUUGGAUGCUGGCAUCACUUCAGAUCUCAUCAAGAUCUGGAAGGAGAAUAAGUUGCAGCCCGGAGUCACUGCCAGAUUUGUUGCCACUGAUGGAGGGAUUACCCGAGUCUACCCAAAAAGCGCCGGCCUGAAUUGGAGGGAAGAGGCGGAGACGUAUGAGUCGAGCUUCUACAAGCGAAGUUUGGACAAUGACCUGUACAUCUUUACGCCAACGCCGUACCUCAAAGACAACACGAGCGACGACUCGGUCCUCGUGAGCAGAGCUCUCAACCUCAAGAUCGACAACAAGCUCCUCAAGCCGGCGGUCGUUGGCGUCAAGUUGGACGUCAGCGCCUGGAUGGCGAGCUUCAUCAACACCACGCUGAGGACCAACUGCACGGAUGAAAUCUGCGGCUGCCAACGGAACGAUAUGUACGUGGACUGCGUCAUUCUGGACGACGGUGGCUUCUUGGUCAUGUCCAAUCGGGACGAAUACGUCAGUCAGAUCGGACGCUUUUUCGGAAUGAUCGACCCCAUCCUGAUGGUCACCCUGGUCAACUCGUCGCUCUUCACCUCCAAGAAGUCCUACGACUACCAGUCGCUCUGCGAUCCCGUCAAGGAGACCAAGGCCGCGGCGGGCCUGCGAUCCGUUUAUGUGCCGUCCAUCGCGGAUAUUUUGAACGUAGGCUGGUGGGCCACGACUGCAGCCUGGUCGAUCCUGCACCAGUUGCUGGUCAGCAUCACAUUCCCGAAUUUCCUCCACGCAGCCGACAUGGAGGAGGACAUGUCCGACAUCGUGCAUCAAGAGGUGUGCAUCACAGAGCAAACGCAGUACUACUUUGAGACGGGCGACCUUUCCUUCAAAGGAACGGUCGACUGCGGAAAUUGCUCCAGACUGUACCACGCCGAGAAGCUUCCCAACACGAACCUGGUUUUCAUAAUUGCCGACGCCAAACUCACCUGCUCGUCCUGCGACACCAAGGCGCUCGUGCAGGAUGAACAGCAGUCGAACGGCCCUGAUCCCUGCGAGCUAGCACAGAAUCCUCGCUACAGGAAAGGACCUGCGGUGUGCUUCGAUAAUAACGAACACGAGGAGGACCCUGAUUGUGGCGGGGCGUCCGGCUUGAGUCCCUCGCUCUGGCUCACCUUGGCCCUUCAGUUGGUAUUUCUCUGGGUACUGUGCGGUUCUGGACUUCGCACCGUCCCGUCAUGACCUGUCCCUUGCCCCACCGCCAUUUCUCUACCAGCAUGCCUCCGGAAUGACAAACGAGAAGAGCUUCAAAAUUUUUAACCGAAGAGCCCUCGGAUGGUCCCGACCCAAAGAGGACUUUAUUUGGUGGCGCCAUUGUUUUCCUGAAGUGGGGCUGCCUUAUUGGACUUUGUUUAAUUCAAAACUGCCAGAAGCUAGCAAGCAGUUUGUUUUCAAUCCAGUGCAAGGGGGAAAAAAAAAAAGUCGUCAUCACAAACUUUUGCUCCCGGUACGCCUCCGCCGGGAUGCAGAUAAUUUUUUUUUUGGUCUGGAUUCUUCCCCGCUCCUGCCACUGUCUCUGGAACUUGUUUACUUUGUGCUCUUCGUCCAAACCGAAUCCUCAGCCUCCUUCUGUCUGGAAUUCUUGGAUCGAAAACUGCCAUGCGUACGCGUCAACCAAUCAGUACGACCCAGACUGAAAACUCUCUAGUGCCAUGUAUGUGAUUCCGAUGCUAGCUUGUUUAUUGGACUAUUUAUUGGAGGUUCGAGACUACUAUCUGCACUUUGUGCGUACAGCUACUGAAGUCCACGUUACCAUCCUUUCUUUGCUUCCAACUUUGCAGGACUGACAACAAAUCGGAUGCAAACGGAGCUUUUUAUUUAUUGUGGUCGUUCUGCGCUCAAGGUCCGAUUUUGUAAAGUUUUAGGCUGUGUUACAAAGUCAACAUUUGGUGGUUUUAUGGUCCACUGCGCCCUAAAACCAAUGAUUUGAGAGAUAAAGCCUCAAAAUGUGUUUUGACACCUUCACACUUGUCUGUUUUUUUUUGUUUGGGUUUUUUUUUUUUUUUUUGCUUCAAAGUUGAGAAACGCCACCGUCACUCUCGCGAUGGUUGCACUUUAUAAUUUAGCCAAAACAUUGCGCUCUUGGUGGAACUCACGACCGUGGUUGUCAUUUACUAACAAGGGGAGAAAAAAAAACAAAACAAAAAAACAAAAAAAAACAAGUGCCAUAACUGAAUUAUCUCCUUUUCCGAAUACGUAAUUUCUGCAAGUUGACGUCAAGUAUCGCGCGAUGAUCAGCUGUUACUGCCUUUGUUUUCCCUUGAGGAGACAGCAUCCACUGUCUUUUGCAUUACGAUUCAGAUCCUGAUUUUUAGCACUGACAAAGCGGUCUCGACACCGUGAAUUUAAAAAAAAAACAAAAAAAAAAACAGUGUUUAAGUUAAAAAUGCAAAAAUCCAAUGCUGUCCCCUCGGGAAUAAUCAACACGGGAAAUGAAGUGUUUCCGAUUCCGUACAGGUCGCAGAAAUCUUACGGAUUGGUGUGCGUUUGUGUUACCAAUGUGUGUGUUGUGUGUUAGCAUCGAGCCCACCAAGGGCCGUUUUUUUUUUUAAGACGGUCCACAUGUACACGGGUAUUUUAAAAAUUGUGUUUCACCGCGAUAGUGGUAAGUCCACAUGCCAUUUUGUUGUACACUUUAUCAACAAUCAAAAAAACAAACAAACUGCAUGCGAUCCAUUUUCUGAAAGGUCCGUCUAAAGUGACCGAAAACUGAAAAAAACAUUUUUUUAAAUACUGUCAAUCAUGUGGACAUCAUCUUAAUCUCCCUCGAUUGUACUUUAAAAAGUUACACUGAUGUGGG